GGCACAUCCUGUGCGUCCUCCGCGAUAUGUGCAGCUUCAGACCUCAAGAAGGGCAACAGAGUAUAGAGUGCAUGUUGAAGACAACGCGAACGGACUGCAUUGUGGAACUUCUGAAGAAACUGAAGAACACUGCUGUGCCAAAAAGCAUAGACAGCGGCGAAGCAAUCACAUAUCUUGCUGUCAAAGACACAAUUCUCAACAAUGUCAUUUCUUUCUUCGACACAUCUAAGUCUCUUGAUGCUGCGAAGCCUGUAUCAGAACUCUGCGUAGACCACCAGAAACUUGCGAAUGCUGUUCUGGAGCGCACAUUUGAUUCGCAUAUGCAGCUGCUGCGGCACAGGUUGAAGGAAGCGGAAAGCGAAGCCGAAAUGUGGCGAAAAGUGGCGUUGCUAGGCCAACGCACGCUGAUGCAGAACUCAAGCUCUGAUGUGACGGCAUUGCUGUUCGCAACGAGGGAACAGCACCGAUGUCACGGCACGCAAACGAGCCUAGAAGAUGUCCCGCCAAACACGAACCCCACCACAACCCGAUUACCUUCUAGCAACUCUUUGUCAGCAGUGGAGCAGCUGCUUGCCGCGCACGCCGAAAAUUUGGUGGCUCUGCUGAACCAAAAAGUCGAUCUUUUGUGCAAUGCAAACUUCAGUCAACUCACUGAGAACAGAAGUCCUCUUGGAGAUACUAAACCGAAAACGGCGAUUUACACUGGAUCCGAUUCUGACAGGUGCGACCGCUCUUUGCCCGGAACGACCUUCGAAGCCACGUGUGCUCCAUUGAAAAGGAGAAACUUUAAAGUGGCCUCAAAUCCCAUCGCUCCCACUAAGAACUGUGCCACCAAGAGCCCAACAGAUAGGCAAAAGGUUGCAAUACCUUCUUCUCAGAAGCACGCUGAUGGUGCAGCUUUUGCAAGGCAAGACGUCAUAUCGCCAAACGUGUGUGCGCGGUACGUUGAAACCCACGACAUCACCCAACCGUUGUAUGUUCUGCAUGCACUUCAAUUAAACCCCCGUAACGGCGGCAGCUCAGACAACGUCACACGCUUCCCUCGAAACGAGGAGAGAAGACUUUCUUCUCGGCUGCCGCCGCUAUAA